AUGAAGCCUGCGAGCAGGCUGUUCUAUCUCUCGGUGUUUGCCCUUUGGGCUGCACCGGGAUCUUGUGAGGACGAAUGCCAUAUCUCGCCCAAGUCCAUCGUUGGCGAUGCCUGCGCUUCAUACUCGACCCUCGAUAAAUUAAACCUCCAAACUAAACCCGCCGUCGACGACCUCACCCGAAACACCGACUUCUUCUCACACUACCGAGUCAACCUCUUCCACAAGAAAUGUCCCUUCUGGAACGACGAGAAUGGCAUGUGCGGCAACAUUGGAUGCGCGGUCGAGACACUAGACAACGAGGAGGAUAUUCCUGAGGUCUGGCGUGCGCAUGCUCUGGGUAAACUAGAGGGUCCUCGUGCUAAGCAUCCCGGCAAGAAGGCUCAGCGCCAACACCCUCAGAAGCCGCUCGGUGGUCUUCUGGGCGAGAACGUUGGCGAGAGCUGUGUGUUUGAGUACGAUGACGAAUGCGACGAUCGAGAUUACUGUGUUCCUGAGGAUGAGAGCGCCAGCUCAAAGGGCGAUUAUGUUAGCUUGGUUCGAAACCCCGAAAAGUUCACCGGAUACGCUGGCGAUGGCGCCAGACAGGUCUGGGACGCUGUCUACAGAGAGAACUGCUUCCAGAAGAGUUCAUUCCCCAAGUCCGCUGAUCUUGGUCAGUCGGGAUGGCAGCAUGGUCCUGCCGCUCAAGACUUCAAGCAGAUUCUCGAUGCAGCGGGUCGACAGGCCCAGCUCGAGGAGCGCCGCCAAGAGAACCCCAACACACCCUUCGUCGCAAACACUGGUUUCGAGGUUGCCGAUGAGUGUCUCGAGAAGCGUGUCUUUUACCGUGUCAUGUCGGGAAUGCAUGCCAGUAUCAGCACCCAUCUUUGCUGGGACUUCCUUAACCAGACUACUGGUGAAUGGUCUCCCAAUCUGAGCUGCUACGAAUACCGUCUUCACAAAUUCCCUGACCGUAUUGGAAACGUCUACUUUAACUACGCACUCAUGACCCGCGCUAUCGCCAAGCUUGGUCCAUACCUCCAGAAGGAAGAGUACAAGUUCUGUCUUGGAGACCCCUCUGAGGAUGCUGCCACCCGCGCCAAGGUCCUCGAGGUUACUGAGAAGGCUGCUAGCGUUCCUCAAAUCUUUGACGAGAGCCUCAUGUUCGUUAACGGCGAGGGACCCUCUCUGAAGGAGGACUUCCGCAACCGUUUCCGUAACGUUAGUCGUCUUAUGGACUGUGUUGGCUGUGACAAGUGUCGUCUGUGGGGUAAACUCCAGACCGCUGGCUAUGGCACUGCUCUCAAGAUUCUUUUCGAGCUGGACAACAACAACGAGGAUGUUCCUCACCUCCAGCGAACUGAAAUCGUCGCCCUCUUCAACACAUACGCUCGUAUCAGCAGCUCUCUUCACAACAUCGGCCAGUUCCGUCAAAUGAUGGAUGCCAAGCUCCAGACUGAGAAGCUUGCCGAAGAACUCACUGAGGCUCGUGAGAGGGAGGAACAACGUGCAAAGGCUGCGGCAGAAGAGCUCGACAAAGAUCUCGAAGAUGCCCGUGAGGAAGAAAGACUGCGCGCAAAGCUUGAAGCUGAGGCUGCAAAGAACGAUCAAAUGGACGAUGCCUUGAAGGAUUUCAUUGAACUUCGUCAAAGAGGACCCAAGUCUAACACAGCACUUGGUCAACUAGAGCACGAAUUCGCUCAAUUCAAGAGCGUUAUCAAAGUCAUCGUCAAAGGCUGGAUGCGCACGCCCAGAACACUAUGGGCUAUCUUCAGAUAUGAAGUCGGACGUCUUUUCCGCAACUGGGUCGGUCUUCCCGUUGGUGAGCGAAACUGGAAGUUUGGCCUGCCCAAGCUUGACAUUGGAAAUGAUGAGCUGUAG